AAGUAUGUCUUUGGAUUUGUAUUAUUUACCAAUGAGUGCUCCCUGUCGAGCUGUUUUAUUAACAGCCGAAGCAAUCGGUUUGUCACUAAAUUUAAAGGAAAUCGAUUUGUUCUCUGGCGAACAACUCAAACCGGAAUACGAAGAGAUAAAUCCUCAAAGGACAAUACCUUUUCUCGUUGACGGUGAUUACAAACUCUCGGAAAGUCGUGCGAUCAUGUGUUAUCUGGUAGACCAGUAUGGUAAAAAUGAGAGGCUCUAUCCGCAAAAUCCGGUGUCACGUGCUUUGGUUAAUCAAAAAUUAUACUUCGACAUUGGGACACUUUACAAAAAUCUCAGUUCUUACUUCUAUCCUGUGGUGUUCGGUGAUGCUGAGAGUUACGAUGAGGAAAAAUACGAAAAGCUGAAAGAUUCUUUCGAUCUAUUGGAGAAAUUCCUGGAGGAUCAAGAUUACGUAGUUGGUCGUAGUUUAACGAUCGCCGAUUUGACAUUGGCAUCGUCCGUAUCUACUGCAGAGGCGCUUGGUUUCGAAGUCUUCAGAUAUAAAAACGUCUCCAAGUGGAUGGACAGAAUUAAGAGCUCGGCUCCUGGAUAUCGAAAGGUGAACGGGGAAGGUCUUGAAAUAUUAAAAAAGUUUGUGGCUGAUAGGACGUCUCAGAGAAAGAAAAUGCCGGUUGAUCUUUAUCAAACAGUUGGAAGUGCACCAUGCUCUGCCGUUCGUUUAACGGCAGCUGCUGUUGGUGUCAGCUUGAAUUUGAAAGAUACUAAUUUAAUGGUUGGUGAACAUCUCAAGCCAGAAUUUCUUAAGAUGAAUCCUCAACAUACUAUACCUACCAUCAAUGACAAUGGUUUUUACUUAUGGGAAAGUCGUGCAAUUAUGGGAUAUCUCGUCGAUCAGUAUGGUAAAAAUGAUUCAUUGUAUCCAAAAGAUGCAAAGAAACGGGCUGUUGUUAAUCAAAGAUUGUUUUUCGAUGCAAACGUUUUGUAUCAGUCGUUUGCUGAUUAUUACUAUCCAAUGAUCUUCGCUGGUGCACCUAAGGAUCUAACAAAAUUCGAGAAGAUUGAAAAGGCUCUCGAAUUCCUUGAUAAAUUUUUAGAGAAUGAAAACUACGUUGCUGGUAAAAAUAUGACGAUAGCCGAUCAUUCUAUCACUACCACCAUUUCUAAUUUUGAGCUGAUGGAUUAUGAUCUUAGCAAAUUUACGAAUAUUACUAAAUGGUAUAAGCGCAUGAAGUCUGAAAUUGUUAAAUACGAUGAAAUUCGUGUUGAGAGUAUAAAAGCUUUCAAAGCUUUGAUGGAUACUCUCAGUAAGAAGAAGUAAAUUUUUUACCGGAGUAUGGGAUACAUGGAAAAACUAAGUUUUAUAUAUAUAUAUAUAUACGUGAUAUAUAUAAUAAUAUAAAAAUAUAUAUAUAUAAUAAGUAUAUA